AUGGCUCCCGUAAUCAAGGAGGCCGACUACCUCGUCCUCGGCGGCGGCAGCGGCGGCCUGGGCUCUGCCCGCAUGGCCAGCGGCAAGUUCGGCACCAAGGCCAUUGUCGUCGAGGCUAAGCGCCUGGGUGGAACUUGUGUCAACGUCGGCUGUGUUCCCAAGAAGGUCACCUUUAACGCCGCGGCCAUUGCCGAGGCCAUCCAUGACUCCAAGGCCUAUGGCUUCUCCGUUCAGCAGACGGCGCCCUUUGACUGGACGACUUUCAAGCACAAGCGUGACGCCUACGUCAAGCGCCUCAAUGGCAUCUACGAACGCAACCUGAACAACGACAAGGUCGAGUACCUCCACGGCUGGGGGAAACUGGUGUCCAAGAACCAGGUCGAGGUCACCCUGGACGAUGGCUCCAAGGUGCUCGUCAACGCCAAGAAGAUCCUUGUCGCCGUCGGUGGCCGCCCGAGCGAACCCCCCAAGAUCCCCGGCGCUGAGUUCGGUAUCAACAGCGAUGGAUUCUUUGAGAUCGAAAAGCAGCCCAAAAAGGUGGCCAUUGUCGGCGCUGGCUACAUUGCCGUCGAGUUUGCCGGCAUGUUCAAUGCCCUAGGCACUGAGACACACCUUAUCAUCCGACAUAACACCUUCCUUCGCCACUUCGAUCCCAUGAUCCAGGAGUCAGUCACCAAGGAGUAUGAGCGCCUGGGCGUCCACUUGCACAAGAACUCCAACACCACGAAGGUGGAAAAGGACGCCAAUGGCAAGCUCACGGUGACCUACAAGGACGACAGCGGAAACGAAAGCUCCGUGUCAGACGUUGACGAGCUGAUCUGGGCUGUGGGCCGAACACCCGAGACCAGCGGCAUCGGCCUGGAGGAGGCCGGCGUCAAGCUGGACCAGAACGGCUUCGUCGUCGUCGACGACUAUCAGAACAGCAGCGUCGAUAACAUUUUCGCCCUCGGCGACGUGACCGGCCAGGUCGAGCUGACGCCCGUUGCCAUCGCCGCUGGCCGAAAGCUCGCGCAUCGACUUUUCGGACCGGCAGAAUUCAAGGCGGCCAAGCUCGACUACAGCAACAUCCCCUCCGUCGUCUUCGCUCACCCCGAGGUAGGCAGCAUCGGCUUGACGGAGCCGCAGGCAGUCGAGAAGUACGGCAAGGAGAACAUCAAGGUCUACAAGACGGGCUUCACGGCCAUGUACUACGCCAUGAUGGACCCUGAGCAAAAGGGCCCCACCAAUUACAAGCUCAUCGUCACUGGCCCCGAAGAGAAGGUUGUCGGCCUGCACAUCAUGGGCCAGGGCAGCGGAGAGAUGCUGCAGGGCUUCGGCGUUGCCGUCAAGAUGGGCGCCACCAAGGCCGACUUUGACAGCUGCGUUGCCAUUCACCCCACGAGCGCCGAGGAGUUGGUGACGUUGAAGUAA